UUGAAGAAGACAAAAGACUUGAGAUGAGUUGACCCCAAGUCUUCCUUAGAAGUUUGAAAAAUACGUACUGCACACACAUUCUAAGCUAAGUCUUCCUCUCCGGCCAACUGCACAAUAAUCAUUAAUUUUCCGGCAAUUCCUUCACCAUCGAUCAACAAAAAAUGGCACAAGAACUCAGUUAUGCCGCGUAUUUGAGUUUUAGCGAGACGGGAAAUAUAGGCCAAACCUUCCUCAGCCAUUUGCAUGGAGCUUUGAAACAAGAAGGGAUUUACACCUUCAAAGAUGAUCGGAACCAAGAUAGAGGAAUAUCGGUUUCAAAGGAUUCGUCGAGAGCUAUUGAAGAGUCCCAGAUUAUAGUUGUUGUCUUCUGCGAGAAUUUUGUUUUAUCUAAAGAUUGUUUGGAUGAAGUUGUAAAGAUUAUGGAUUGCAGGAAACUGUUAAAGAAGAUUGUUAUACCGAUAUUCUACGACGUGGAACCAUCAGAAGUACGAAGGCAAAGGAACAGCUUGGCCGAGGCAUUUGCUGAUGAUAGUGAAAAUGAUGAUGAGAUUGGAAGAUCAGAAAGGGUGAAAAGAUGGAGGGAUGCUUUGGAUGAAGCAGGAAAUAUAUCAGGCUUUGAUCUCCGAAAGACACAUGACGGGAAUGAAGCGGAAUGUAUAGAGCAGAUAGUGAAGGAGAUUGUUAGCAAGCUAAGAUCGGAAGAAGUGGCCGGAGAACGUCAAAAGGAUGAGGAAUUCGGAAGUAAAUUCCUGUCGGAGAGAGUCAUUGGCUUCACUCGUUCAGCAGCAUCUCCUUUCCUAUUGUGUGUGCCUGUAUUUUUUUUUUUUUGUGACCAUUUAUAGUAUUUAAAAAAGUGAUCAAACUUUCUAGUCCAAAUAAAAAUAUAAAAGUGGACGGAUCGACCAAUGGUUGGAGUA